AUGGUUGUUCAGGAGAUGAAAACAAAGGUGGCGAGAAAAGAAGAGACCUCAGUCCUUGCCACUCUCGCUCCGGCUGAGCGAGACACUCGGAUCGAAGCUCAACGCAAGCGCCUGCAGGGUCUCUUGCUCAGAGGUGAUGAAGAAGUUGCUCACGCUUGUUACGACCUUGUCCUCAACUUGCUGGACAAGGACACGCUUGUUUACCUCGGCCCUGCAAAGUUCUACACCCGAAAGACAGAGCUUCUUCAGAAGAAGCCUCCGAAAGAACUCUCAAUCGACCAGAACUCACUCAUCAUCAAAGACAAGUCUGCAGACCAUACAUGCAGCGCCAAGACCGAGCUCGAAUUGGUGCAGGCGCUCAGGCGUCGCGCCUUGGCCUUCGAUUUAGUCGGCGCUUGUUCGUAUACGUCCUCUCGGGCGCGCCACAUUCAACGUCCAGGCAGGCAUAGCCCUCCUGUGCUUCGAACCGAACAGUUUCCCAAUGGGCUGCCGUCGCUCCAAGGGACCAAUGCCCUUCGAGUCCAAGCGGCCAACGAACUGUGUCGACGCACGGUUGUCAUGGCCAAACUGUGUCAUGCCAACGCAGUGUUUUGGAGCAUUGAGAAUCCUGGACGCUCUUAUAUGUGGCUUACCCAUGACGUGGCCGAGUUUUUGCAGGCACACCCACACUUUGACACUUUCUUUCAUCACUGCCAGUAUGGAUCGGCUGGGCGUAAGCUCACUCGCUUAGUCCACAACAUCCCUACUUUCCUGGCACUUGACAAACUUUGUGACAAUUCGCAUGAGCACGAGCCUUGGGGCCAUCAGGAUCAUCAGUGGGCCACGGCUCUGGAGACAGCCUAUCCUUGGCCCUUGUGCCGUGCGCUGGCCCAGACAGAAGUCAUCAAGAAGUGGAUCAGCUUGAUUGGAGAGCUUGAACACAAAGAGGCAGACUGCCUGAAUCGGGAGUGUUUAAACAGAAGUUUAGGGGACGAUGAAAUGGACAAGGCACUCUACGAUGCCACUGUCAAAGAGGUGCGUAAAGGGUUCAUUGAAGGCCCUGUGAGUCUUUGUGAUGUGCCUGAAGCAGCUUCCCUGACCAAAAGGUUCCCUGUGCGGCAGAAAAAUAAGGUCAGGCCUAUCGAUGACUAUCGAGCCUCGAUGGUAAACAGUGCAGUGACCCAGCCGGAAGCUGUGUCCAUCCACACAAUUGACCACAUUUCCGCCAUGGUCAGCUAUUGGUUGAAAGCUCUUCAUGGCCGAGACCAAUCCGUGCAGCUGGUUUCCAAGCGCUGGGAUUUGGCUGACGCGUACAAACAGGUUCCGAUAUCUGAAGAGUCGUUUGAGUAUGAAGCCUUUCUAGUGGUUUACAACCCAGUGCGCUUUGGGUUUGUGGACCAUUGGCACAAGUUGCUAGACCUGGUUUGGUCAGCAUACUUCGACGACUUCCUUUGCGUCACCAGCGAGGCUCUCAGCAAACACACAGACUUGUGCGUGAGUGUCCUCUUCCAAGCCCUUGGGUGGGAAAUCUCCGAUCGCAAGUUAGUCCCCUUCAGCACUUGUUGCAGGGUUCUGGGUGUAGAGCUUGACCUUGGAGACACCAAGUUGUGGCAGGGGCUUGUUCAGAACACGGAAGAUCGCAGAAAGGAACUUUUGGAUGAGCUUGAUGCCGUGAUUGCGACCAAGCUUCUGAAGAAGCACCCUGCAGAGAGACUUCGUGGCAGACUUCAGUUUGCAUCGUGCCAGAUGUUUGGCCGUCGCAUGAAUAGGUGUCUCAGAGCCCUCACCAGUCACAUAAUGUCGGGCAGAAGCUCUCUCUCUGAAUCCACAAAGGAGAAGUUGGAAGAGAUGAGACUCUUGAUCGAAGAGAACCACCCCAGGGUAAUAAAUAGGCAUUUGGCUGAGCAUGUGCACAUGUAUGUAGAUGCCUCUUUCGAUCGAACCGGUUACUCAGGCAUCGGAGGUCUGCUUUUGUCCGGAGAAGGUGAGCUCUUAGGAUGUUUCAGCGAGGAAGUCCCUCCUGAAGUCUUUGACCUUUUCUCAAACAACGAAGACUCGGUCGUCAUUCAUGAGCUUGAAACUCUGGCAAUCUUCGUGGGACUUGAAGUGUGGAGGGAACUUCUCACGAGUCGCAGAGUGGUCGUUUUCACCGACAGUGAGGCGACGCGUGGCAGUCUCUUGAAGAGCUGGAGCCGCAAUGACGGCGCAGAUCUCGUGCUGGAAGACAUCUUUGAGUUCGAGGAAGCUCAAAGCAUUGCACUCUGGUUCGAACGGGUCCCAAGUCAAAGCAACCCUGCGGAUGAAUUGUCUCGAAGCAGAAUGGCUGUGUGGCAUGGAAGAAAGUGUGACACAUUUGACCUAGCAGGUUGGCAUUCCAAGUUCGUCCACAAGUUGGGGUGAAAGCGCGACGAAUUUCGUGUCC